AGUCCUGCCACGGGAGCUGGGAAAGCACCACUGGAGCUGGGGAAGAACCAACCCUAGAACACCCCCUGGGAGUUGUAAAGCCGCAAAGGAAGCAAGCUGUAUCAGCCCCUCCACCCUCCUCCAGCACUGAAGGAAGGUUCAACUCUGGCUCCACUGAUCCAGCACAAUGAUCUGGAUACUUCAAGUAUUGUUCUCACCGCUCCCAACACCAGCACUGAUCAGUCUCAUCGCUUUUGGAGCUGUCAUCUUCCUGUGGGUGAUAAGCAGGCCAAAACCCCUUUUACCUCCUGUUGACUUGAACAAGCAGUCAAUAGGAAUUGAGGGAGGAGCCAGAAGAGGUGCAGUCUUGACAGAUAAUAACCUGGUUUCUUAUUACUUUGAAGAUGCUAAAACCCUGUAUGAAGUUUUCCAGAGAGGAGUGAAUAUUUCUGGAAAUGAUGACUGUCUGGGUUACAGGAAACCCAAGCAACCUUAUCAGUGGCUGACAUAUAAACAGGUUUCGGACAGAACUAAAUACCUGGGAUCAGGGCUUCUGCAAAAAGGAUGCCAACCAUCAUCAAACCAGUUUAUUGGCAUUUUUGCUCAGAAUAGGCCAGAGUGGAUCAUUUCAGAGUAUGCCUGCUACACCUAUUCAAUGGUUGCUGUUCCGCUCUAUGACACUCUGGGACCAGAGGCCAUUGUAUAUAUUGUUAACAAAGCUGACAUAGGCGUGGUGAUCUGUGACACGCCUGCAAAGGCAGAGGUCUUGCUUAAGAACUGUGAGGAAAAAAAGACCCCAUGUCUGAAGAUUAUUGUUCUCAUGGAUCUCUUUGAUAAAGAGCUCAAGGACAGAGGAGCUAAAGUGGGGAUUGAAAUUCUGUCACUACAGGAAGUUGAGGAGCUGGGAAGAAACAACAUCAGAGAACCAGUUCCUCCUAAGCCUGAAGACCUUUCUGUUGUGUGUUUUACAAGUGGAACCACAGGUAACCCUAAAGGAGCCAUGCUGACACAUCAGAAUAUUGUUUCAAAUGCUGCUGCCAUCCUUAGAUGCACAGAGAACACAAUUGAGUGUUCAAGUUCAGAUGUUGCCAUUUCCUAUCUUCCUUUGGCUCACAUGUUUGAGAGAGUUGUACAGACCAUCAUGUACAGCUGUGGAGCAAAAGUAGGCUUCUUCCAAGGAGAUAUCAGGCUGCUAACAGAUGACAUGAAAACCUUGAAGCCAACGCUAUUUCCAGUUGUACCAAGACUGCUCAAUAGAAUAUAUGACAAGAUCCAGAGUGGUGCAAACACCCCAGUAAAGCAAUUCCUGUUAAAAUUUGCUGUGUUUAUGAAGAUGGCUGAAAUAAAACAGGGCAUCAUUCGAAAUGACAGCAUUUGGGACAAGGUUGUCUUCAAAAAAGUUCAGGAAAACAUGGGUGGAAGAGUGCGUAUCAUGGUGACAGGUGCAGCCCCUAUAUCUCCCUCUGUCCUGACCUUUCUUAGAGCAGCAUUAGGCUGUCAGAUCUUUGAAGGUUAUGGCCAGACUGAAUGCUCAGCUGGAUCCACUUUCUCAAUGCCUGGAGACUGGACAACAGGCCAUGUUGGAGCCCCUCUGGCUUGUAAUAUCAUAAAACUAGAUGAUGUGGAAGAAAUGAGCUACUUCUCUUCUAACAAUGAAGGCGAGAUCUGCAUUAAAGGACCAAAUGUGUUCAAGGGUUAUCUGAAAGACCCUGAGAAGACAGCAGAAGCAAUUGAUAAAGAUGGCUGGCUCCACACUGGAGACAUAGGGAAAUGGUUGCCUAAUGGAACACUGAAGAUCAUUGACAGAAAGAAGAAUAUAUUUAAACUUGCACAAGGAGAAUACAUUGCUCCAGAGAAGAUAGAAAAUGUCUAUAUUGGAAGUGCUCCUGUAGCCCAGGUCUUUGUACAUGGGGAAAGUCUGAGGUCUUUUCUAAUAGGUAUAGUGGUUCCUGAUGCUGAGAUACUUCCAGAAUUUGCAGCAAAAAUGGGAGUAAAAGGUUCCUUUGAAGAGCUCUGCAAAAACCCUGCAGUGAAGAAAGCUAUUUUAGAUGACAUGAUCAGACUGGGGAGAGAGGCUGGCCUAAAAUCCUUUGAACAAGUUAAAGACCUGUACCUCCACACAGAGCUGUUCUCUGUAGAAAAUGGUCUCUUGACACCAACACUGAAGGCAAAGCGAGGAGACCUUGUGAAAUACUUCCAGAAGGAGAUUGAGGCCCUCUAUUCAUCUACUCAGGAAUAAAUGGCCAGUUUCAUUUAGACUGCAUGGAGUAGCUAAAUCUGUGACACUACAUAGCCUAUGGUGAACACAGGCUUGAAUGGAGGGGAACAGGAACUUAAAUCUAUUUGUUUCUAGUACCUGAGAAAAAUGACUUGUGGAUGAAGAUGGCUGUCGUAUAACUAACAACCAGCAGUGUUAUCAUCGUGUGGGACUGAGCUUCAACUGUCUAGGCAAAGCCAGAACUUUCAUCUUGCUUGGACUGUGACUGAAAUGCAAAAACAUGCAAGAACCUCAGCCUUUAAAAGACAGCUCUAUGCACUUCUGACUGUCAAAACCAAAUCUUAUUUUCCUGCUGAAACUAUGAACUCCGCUGUGACCUGUUGUGGAUUAAUCUGCAAUCAGACUGAACUCAGUAUGAAUUCAUGCUAACAUCUGUUUAGCAAACACAGAAGUGAAUUUCCUGUUCCUAGUCCGGACCACAUGGUACAAGUUGUUUAUAAUGAAAAUGAGUAAUCUGGUAUCAACUGGUUUGCAAAAUACAAAUGUCUACAGCAAACACAGUUUAUUCUUUAGGAGGCACUGGAUCAGUUUUUGCACAUUUUCAAAUGAAAUGGCAGUGUUAAAGCCUUUACACUUACGAAUUUGAUGCUACUAAGUGUAAAACUUUAGCUGUCAAUCCUAAGGAUACAGGAUAAAAUAAAUUGAGACUGCACAAUCAAGAUAAAGCCUGUGUGAAUUACUUGUGGCUAUGCUGUAACCACAUUGUCAGCUGCCAAGCUCUGUAUGGGUGCAGCUAGAACACAACUGCUGCAGAACAUGAACUUGUUGCCUAUGCUGUCACUGGUCAGCCACAGCUCCAGCCAUGAGGCAGUAAGAUAGUGUAGUCCAGAUUUGCUCCUGUAGUCUAGUUGCUCUUCUACCCAACUUUCUUUUCCUUGUCUCCAGCUUAGACUGAGCUGAAACAAUGAAUUUACCACACGAGAUGUGAGAUUUUCUUGUGUUAAGCUGCUGCUUUAGAAAAUUAUUUAAGCAAGAUGAAAACUUUCUUAUGACUUCCAUCAGUCUGUGCUGUUUCUGCUGAGAGCUCCUCCCUGUCCCUGCAAAAGUCAGCUCUAGCAGCUCAAAAGGAUGCAACAUGGGGAAGAUGUAUACAUGGCUUUCCUAGAGCAAUUCUCUUUGUCUGAGGAAUUGUCUUCCCUGUCUUGUUCAGACAGCUAGUGGCUUUUCCUCUCCCUCCUAAUGCUCUUGGUCAGCUAUCCCAAAAUGAAAGCAAGAUUUAUCAAAAGAUCCCCCCCACCCUGCUGUUAGGCAGCUCUAGCUUUGACUAGUAAAAACAACUGGCCCAAUUUUGUUUCUAGUCUGGGCCCAAAGACCUUGACAUCUUCAGGUAACCAUUGUCACUUACUGUGCUUGUCAGAAAUGUGAGGCUAUAAAGGCUUCUAAGUCUCUGAAACUGCAUGCAAAGAUGUUGCUUAUUUUUCCUAUGCUUUCCUUACAGCAAUGUGACAUGGAAGUCAGUGGUGGCUUAAUAUCUUUUUCCCCAGGUGAGACUGGGUAGGAAAAAAAAAAA